CUUGCGUGUUCCUGUCAGUGGCAGUACGUUUUCAGAUAAGCAGCACAACAGUAAGACUCAGCUGGACCGUGUUGAAUGUGAUCGCAGCAAACCUUUAUCUUAAGCUUCUGGGGUAUCUGCCGCAAACCGCAGCAAGGCAGCGGCUCACUAAAUAUCACAUUAUGACAUUUGAAAAUACUGGAAACAAAGAAGGACGUGUCCUAAAUGAAAAUGACUAAACUGGCCAGCAGCUGGAGAACAAUGAAUCGAUGGCUACAACUCUCCAUCAUUAGGCGUUAGAACAAACUGUGCACUUCUGCAUGCAACUGUCCAGUGAUAGUAGAGACUGUUAGGUGUGAGGCAGCUGUCAAUCUCUGACGUCAGAGUAGCUCAUUAAUAAGAAAGCAGAGGGUGCUGUCCAGGGUGCUGAAUCCCGAGCCUGGCCUUUCAGUGCACAGCAGCCUCAGCAGUUGUGUCAGCCUGUGUGUGUGUGUGUGUGUGUGUGUGUGAUGUGGUGGUAGGUUUAUAUAGAUCGUGCAUUAAGACCUAUUAGAAAAUGUUUCUUGACUGAAGAUGGAGAACAUUUAACAGCUGACAGUGUUCUCUAGAGGCCCACCAUCAUGGAUCUGCUUCCAGCCCAGGAGGCUGCCAAAAUCUACCACACCAACUACGUGAGGAACUCGCGGGCCAUCGGCGUCAUGUGGGCCGUGUUCACCAUCUGCUUCGUCAUCAUCACCAUGGUGGUCUUCAUCCAGCCCUACUGGAUCGGGGACAGCGUCAACACCCCGCAGGCCGGAUACUUCGGCCUCUUCCACUACUGCAUCGGUAACGCGCUCACCUCGGAGCUCACCUGCAAGGGCAGCGUGCUGGACUUCGCCUCCAUCCCCUCCCCGGCCUUCAGGACCGCCAUGUUCUUCGUGGGGACCUCCAUGCUGCUGAUCGUGGGCACCAUGGUCUGCUUCAGCUUGUUCUUCUUCUGCAACGCGGGGAACGUCUACAAGAUCUGUGCCUGGAUGCAGCUGGCCUCAGCCGCACUGAUGGUGAUGGGCUGCAUGAUCUACCCAGACGGCUGGGACUCUCCGGAGGUGAAGAGGAUGUGUGGCCAGAGAACGGACAAGUACAGCCUGGGGAACUGCACCGUGCGCUGGGCCUACAUCCUGGCCAUCAUCAGCAUCUUGGACGCCCUCCUCCUCGCUCUCCUGUCCUUCACCCUCGGCAACCGGCAGGAUAAACUGCUGCCAGAUGAAUUCGAGGUGGAGGGAGGAGGUCAAGGCUAAUGCCAACAGAUACGCCCUGAUGAACUCACACCUUCAGGACCACAGUGUGAUACAGAUGAACAAACAUCCAGAGAUGUCGUCAUGUAGUUUAGGUCAAACUGCUCACCAAACUUGCCUUUGUGUUGUUUUCUGCUGUUUUCAGUUACUUCUGGUUGAAUUCAGUUAAGCAGUCCUUUACUG